CCAAAGAAAAGCGUAUACCAGAAAAAGAAAAGUAAGUGUAACCCACGCGAACUUAGUUACGCUUUUUACUAAAAGAAGAGUCACUUUACAAACGUGCCUUUUAUACCUCCAGUUGGGAGGAAACGUUUAACAUGGAGGGCUCUUUCGGUGUGAGAAAAGGUGCAUGGUCUGAGGAGGAAGAUAUUCUACUUAAGCAAUGCAUUCAGAAGCACGGUGAAGGAAAAUGGCACCUGGUUCCUGUCAGUGCAGGCUUAAAUAGAUGUAGGAAAAGCUGCAGACUGAGGUGGUUGAACUACCUGAAGCCAAAUAUCAAGAGAGGAAACUUCGGCACAGACGAAGUUGAUCUUAUGCUCAGGCUUCAUAAGCUGCUAGGUAACAGAUGGUCACUUAUUGCAGGUAGACUUCCGGGAAGAACAGCUAAUGAUGUGAAAAACUAUUGGAAUACACACCUCCUCAAAAAGGGAAGUUCACACAUCACCAAGCUGAAAGAAAAGCCCCAAGAUAUGGUGAAAGUGAACGUAAUAAAGCCACAACCUCGGACCUUCUCCAAAAACUUAACUUGGUUAAGUGGGAAACCUGCAAUUGUAGGAAGCUUUCAAAAAAAGGAAGAUAUCAGAGACAUAUCUCAAACACCAAUGCAAUCGGAGAGUAGGAUUAACUGGUGGGAAAGCUUGUCAAAUUGCGCGGAACUUGAUGAGAGAGCCACAUGUACGCAAUGUGGCAGGUUGAAUGAAGUGCCCAAAGAAACCUUUUGGGCGGAGGAAAUGGUACCAGAGGCAAAAGUUGUGGGGGACACUCUAGAUGAGGAUGUCCUGAAUUAUUGGGGUGACUUAUCUCUUGAUAUGGACCUUUGGGAGGUUCUCAAUGCAGAAUAGGAAUAAUCAUAUAAGGCAAAAAAAAAAAAAAAAAAAAAAAAACUUGUUUUACAAUGUACGUGUGUAUAAAACAUACUACUGUGUAAAACAAACACCGCCCCUAGUGUAAUAGUCUUUAUAUAGUUUUUCUUACUAUUAUCGAUCCCGUGUUUUUCCUUAUUAUUAUUGUCCAAAUUAAUUGGAUGUGUGGAGAUUUAUGAAAUAAACGGACUAGAGGUGGUGUUUAUGACAGUUUAAAGUCUAUCUUUAUGUUUCCAAUGUACAGACAGUUCCUGUACUGAAUUCGUUUUAUAAUUUGUCUACACUCUACUCUUGUUAUUUAUUGUGGUCUA